AGCCUCAUGGUCGUGAUGGACGCCUUCCCUUGGUUGUCGAUCUCUUUCCUUUUAAGCGCCGGCGUUCCAUGGCGGAGUGUUCUUCCCGCUGGGGUAUCUGGUAAUGCUAACUAUGCAUUUGCUGAUCAUCCUUAAGAGGUUGCAGGUAGGCUCGUCUUUCUUUUGAUUUGUGUCCUUCUUUGUCUCUCGUCUCUGCUGCACUGGUUGCAAUUAUCAUUCCAUCUCUCUAUUCGCUUUCUUGUUUUCAUUUCGGGGCAACGUUUUCCUUCGUCACCACGCUGUUCCACGUCGGCAAGACAUAUCCGUUGAACGACAUCAAUUUGAGCCAUCUCACAUCAGCUUUGUGCCCAGCUCUAUCAAGUCGCAAGACCUCCAUAGAAAAAUAGAAGUAUCCUGCUGGCCAGGAUAUAUUUCGCACAGCUGUCUCUCUUUCACUACAAGACAUUUCUCGAACUAUUUCAAUAGACCAACAAACUUCACCUUCAAGAUGCCUCGUCUAUCAACCUGGACCUCCACAGUCAUUCUAGCCCUCGCUACCCUCAUCUCCGGCGCCCCCACCAACGACACCCUCAUCUUCGGCCGCGACAGCACUUCCCCAAGCGAUCCCAACGCCGAUAUCGAGAAGCGCUUCACCGCCGCCUCGAUCCUCAGCGUUGCCCCGCAGACCUCCUCCUGCGACUUUUCCCUCCUGGAGUGCGCCACCGCCGCCACUGCCGCGCCCGCCAUCGCCGUCUCCUUCGUGAACUGGCAAAUCUCCUCAUUCGGCGCCCAGGCCGCCGUCCUCUCCCUCAUGCUCUUCGAGAGCGGAAACUUCAAAUACAACCGCAACCAUUUUCCCGCACCGGGCCGUCCGGGUCAGGGCACGAGGAACAUGCAGAUGCCCGCUUAUAACCUCAAGUAUGCGCGCUGGCUGGCGGAUAAUUGUGCGAAUUGCCACAUUUCCGAGGAGCAGGUCGAUGCGGCGGAAAAGGCUGGACCGGAUGAUGUCCUCGCCUUGGUGAAUGGGCUUCAGUGGAGCUUUGGCUCCGCGGCGUGGUUUUUGAAGACCCAGUGUGAUCCCAAGAUUCUCGAAGGUCUUGCUGACGCGAGUGAGGCGAGUUGGACCGCGUAUAUUGGUUGCAUUGGGACGGAGGUCACGGAUGACAGGAAGGAGGGGUGGAAGAAGGUUGUUGCUCUGGGCAAGUGGUGAAUGAAACUGCAUGGAAGUUAAAGAAAAACUUGGGUUACGUUCGCGGGAUACUUUUUGAUAUAUUUGGUCAUUUCGACAUAUCGUGAAAAAAAUAUUUAGAUUUCGUCAACUGUUGCAACGCUGCUUCAUGGCGGACCAAGAUUUCAGUAUGUGGUAGUAUAUGCAACAUUCAAAAUAAAUGACUCG